GCAUGAUGUGCUGGCAAGGUAAGACUCAGACAUCAACUCUCAUCCAGUUCAACUAAACUACUCGUACGUCGGGCGGUAAAUGAAAGAGGAAAAGCCUGUCAGCAUGUACAGGGUUUGACGGCUACAUUCAUGGCUCUGGGCCAUGUGUCAACUCAUCACUGCUAGGCUGCAUGCUGCAAACGAUCCCAAAUCUCCCCACUUCAAAAUGGUUCAUGCCCGGGUGUUACUCGUUCUCACAGCGGUGUCGCCAACUAUGGCCGUGCCCAUGCGAUAUGAGCCCGACACUUCUACGAAGGAAGCGUAUACACUCAUUCUAUCUCUAAGCGUCGGCCCCCAGACCGAAAGCACUGCGAAUGUAUCGCCUCCGCCUCGUCACAACCCUAUUACUCAAGAUGUUCUCGCCAGCUUAUUCCUAGAUCAAACCUCGAAUUCGACACUGGGACGUAAAGGGUUUCUUCCGCCCAAAGGAAUGCAUAUGGCUGCGAUUCGAAUGUCAAGAAACAGAGAGAUAGGCAGCAGGUUCAUAACGCCAACGUUGAGAAGCGCAAAGUUAUUGAGACGGUUUAUGCCUCUCGAGUCCAAAAGGUCAACAAAACAUGGGGAAAGGGAAACUUUACAGUCACUCGGAAGCCCGCCGAGCCUAUACAAGCGGGCAUAUCUGGUCCUCGGGGAGGCAUCAUGAUCCGAGUCUUGCCUAGCAUAUGUAUCCCAAAUAUUGAGUACACUACACUAGGUAAAAGCCUGUGUCCUCACAUUCAAACAAUCAUGCAUAGAAGCAGCCACCUUGCUAAGACUGAGAUCUUGGCAAACUGUUCAAUCUUGAACCGACAUGGG